AUGGCCUCCGACGUCUCCAGUCAGGUUGAACGCUCGGGGCUUUCUAGAAACUCGUGUCUCUGUCCAUACGGCAGAGGACCACAGAAAAAACAGCACGGCAGGCGCUUUGACGGCUCUAAACGCAGCCGACAGUUCGCCGAGUCUCCCCCGGGCCUCCUCCGCGGCGGGACCCUGCUGCUGCUGCUCCCGUUGCUACUCCUGCUCUCCGCCUCCCUGUGCGGCCAGCCGGCAGAGGCGGUGGUCCACUCCAGCUUCCGGCGGCUGAGCGGACGCGAGAAGAAGGAGAUGCAGAAGGAGAUCCUGUCCAUCCUGGGCCUGCCGGGACGGCCGCGGCCCCACCCGCCGCUGCGGCCCCCCUCCUCGGCGCCGCUGUUCAUGCUGGACUUGUACCACGCCGUGUCGGCCGAGGGGGACGAGGAGGGCAACGGCAUCCCCGGAGCGGGGAGACCCGGGGCGGGGAGACCCGGCGGCGGGGCCGACGGGCUCGGUCACGUCAGCCACGCCGCGCUGCCGACGCUCAGCACGCACACGCCGCCGCUGGGGACGGUGGUCAGCGAGGCGGACACGGUGAUGAGCUUCGUCAACCUGGUGGAGCAGGAGCGUGACCUCCUGCAGCCUCGUCCCUACUGGAAGGAGUUCCGCUUCGACCUGACUCCCCUUCCACAGGGGGAGACGGUGACGGCCGCCGAGUUCCGCAUUUAUAAGACGCUGACCAUGGGCCAGAGGGCCAACCGAACUCUGCACAUCUCAGUCUAUGAGAUCCAGAGAGACAACAGACACCGGGAGCCAGAGCUGGUGCUGCUCGACAUGCAGUCCGUGCCCGCCGGACAGGAAGGCUGGCUGGCUUUUGACGUCACCUCCGCCUCAAACCGCUGGCUUCUUCACCCGCGCAGUAAUCUGGGCAUACGCCUUUAUGUGGAGACUGAGGAGGACCGCUCCCUGUCUGCAGGCUGGAUAGGGUUGGUGGGACGCCGGGGCCCUCGGUCCAAACAGCCCUUCAUGGUGACUUUCUUCAGGGCCAGUCAGGCCCCGUGUCGCCCGCCACGGGCAGUCAAACCACACCCUCGCAAGAGGAAACCCAAAUAUGACCUCCCCGUCCCUAGCAUUCAUGACCACAGUCAUGCCAACAGUGGACGUCAGGCAUGUAAAAAACACGAGCUCUACGUCAGCUUCAGUGACCUGGGAUGGAAGGACUGGGUGUUGGCCCCCACAGGCUACUCUGCCUACUAUUGUGACGGAGAAUGCCUUUACCCUCUGGGCUCCUGUAUGAAUGCCACCAACCACGCCCUCAUCCAGCAAGUGGUUCACCUCCUGAAGCCUGACGAGGUUCCCAAGGCGUGUUGCGCCCCCACCAAGCUCAGUCCCAUCUCCGUCCUCUUCUACGACGACAACAACAACGUCAUCCUUAAAAAACACCGCAACAUGGUGGUGAAGACCUGUGGAUGUCUAUGAUGCCUGCCUGAGCCUAUUCAGUAGCCUGAGAGCAA